AUGCCAUUUCGAUUUUCAAUUCCAUCUAAAAGCAUGAGGCUAUGGAGGGGCAAGCUUGUGAUAUCUCCAAGCUCAUCUAGAACUUUGUCGAUACUCUGUCGGGGCGAUCGCAUUGAUCGCGAGGAGCUUUUCAAAUAUACGAACGGACGCUUCUUAGUCAGACAUAAGGAACAAUGCGACCAAAGAUAUCUGAAAUUCGACUUGGACCAGCUUUGCGCUGUGGCCGCCUCUGCCGGCAAUACUAAAUCGCCUGUCCGCAAGAUUGAGAAAAUGGAAGGCGGUUUCAGCAAAGCAUUACUCAUGAGCAAAGAGGAUGGAACAGAGGUCGUUGCUAAACUACCCUUCUCUAUUACUGGACCCCCUAAGUACCUUACAGCAUCUGAAGCAGCCGUUCUUCAAUACUUGCAUGAUCACACCACAGUCCCGGUUCCCAAAUUGCUCGCAUGGAACGCCGACUCUUCGAAUCCAGUCGGUGCCGAAUAUAUUAUAAUGGAGAAGGCGGCUGGCUGCCAACUAGUCAAGAAAUGGGGAGAGAUGAAAGGCAUAGAUCCUCUCGAACUCAUCAAGAACCUAUGCCUGAUUGAGGCUGAUCUCGCGGCGAUUGCUUUUCCGGCGAAUGGAAGUCUUUACUUCCGUGAGUCGAUGGGGACCGGCGACAAAUACACACUUCUAUCCCCGGACCUGGAUCCUUCUGGUCAAUUUUGCAUCGGGCCGUCUUGCGAGCGGUCAUGGUUCGGUAAAGAUGAUACGGAAUCUGUACAAGCUCGCUUCAAUCGAGGACCAUGGCCCACUCUACCUGCUUUCGGCGUAGCGCUUGCCGAACGUGAGAUUGCUCGGAUUGAAGAGAACCCCAAAGUUGCUCCUCACGGACCACCACGAGGCUCUAUUGAGGAACAGCUUGCCGCCUUGCAAACGGCCAAAAAGGUCUUUCUUAACAUGGGCACGGAGACACUUCCUGGACGCCUCGCGUGUCCGACCCUGUGGCAUACUGACCUUCACAUGGGAAACAUAUAUGUUAAUAAUGAAGAGCCUACCCAGAUUGCCACACUCAUUGAUUGGCAGUCUACCGGGGUCUCCCCUUUGUUUUCUCAAGUUCGGUUUCCCGAACUCAUAAACAUUGACGAGGACUACAAGAUUGGGCUCGAAAUCCCACCGUUUCCGGACAACUUCGACGAGAUGGACGACGACGAUCAAGCGGUUGUUAAGUUCAAACACAAGCAUAAAUUGAUGGGCAAGGCUUACGAGGCGGCCUGCGGUUUCAAGGUUCGAAAGGUCUCCGACUCCAUAAGUCUUCCUCCUUUUUUUCGACAAUUGUUUCUUCGUACCGGGGAGGCGCGGGAAGAGGGUAUUGUACCACUUCGUCAAUGCCUAAUUGCAAUUGCCCACAUAUGGAAUGAAGCUCAAUUCUCCAGCGACUGUCCAUGCAAUUUUAGUGCAGAAGAGAUUGAAAAGCAUCAGCAGGAGUUUUCACAAUAUAGGGAUCACCACAGGCUCUUUGAAGUUGCCCGGCAGUGUUUGGAUACCGAUGAUGACGGCUGGAUCGCGCCCUAUUACGACUUUGAGAAGAAGCAGCAGGAGAACAAGGAGGUUCUUGAACUUUGCAUAGCUCACUGUGCAAAGUAUGGUAAAUCGGCCGAAGAGGUGCAGAGAAUAUGGCCGUACUAUGAAGGGUUGAGCAUUCAUCUCUGA